GAAGCGGGCCGACAGCAGCCUCUGAACACCGCAGUGCAUGCUACCGCUCAGCCUGCUCCUCUGUUCGCCUUUCUUCCACAGCAGCGACGCCACGGAGGAAAACAGACGUCCUGUCUGUGAUUUUUACCCCAAACACCGGAGGACUGCCCGCGUCCUGACAAGUCUGCUCGCUCCCCUCCUGUCUGCCCGCAUUCUGCUCUGUCAGAGCCUGGAAAGGUCCGCUCUGGAGACCGCAUCGUGUUCAAUUAACGGGGAUAUGGGAGCAUUAAAGCCGUGCUGCCUUCAAUGCCGCAGUGUGUGCGGGGAUGCUCUGCAGGUGCGGUGUGUGGUGUAAAUAGGACAGAAUUCAGAAGAUAAAGUUGGCAGUUUCACCGCUGACUACUCACUGGAACGGUUUUUCCAGUCACAGACUUUCUGCAAGAUCAAAGGUGCAGCGGGGGCGAGGCUGCUCGCGGGUCAAAACAAACCUGACGCCAUGGAUGUGGAUGAGGAAGAAAACAUGAGUUCAAGCAGCACAGACGUUAAGGAAAACCGAAACCUGGACAACGUGUCCUGCAAAGACGGGAUGGGAGUCGGUGAUCAGCUCCCCAAUGGAAGCGGCCAUGGCAGUCGAAAGCGCCCCUUAGAGGAGGGCAACAAUGGCCACGCGCAUUCCAAGUUCCGAGCCAAGAAGCGCAAGAAAACACCUGGACCGGUGCUGCCUAAGAAUGCUCUGAUGCAGCUGAAUGAGAUCAAACCAGGUCUCCAGUACAAACUGCUGUCUCAGACUGGGCCGGUCCAUGCACCAGUGUUUGUCAUGACUGUGGAGGUCAAUGGGCAAAUGUUUGAGGGCAUGGGUCCAACCAAGAAGAAAGCUAAACUAAAUGCAGCUGAGAAAGCGCUGCGUUCCUUUGUUCAGUUUCCCAAUGCGUCUGAGGCUCACCUGGCCAUGGGCCGUACACUUACAGUGAAUACAGACUUUACAUCAGAUCAAGCGGACUUCCCUGACAUGCUCUUCAAUGGUUUUGAGACACCAGCUCCUCCUGAAGAAUCCUUCUAUCUAGGCUCCAAUGGUACAAACUCACUAGGGGAGUAUCCAUUACCCACACCACCUGGCAGCAACCUUGUCCAGGCUCCGUUGCCCUCUCCAUCUGUAUUCAGCUCACCCUCCACUGGCAAAAACCCGGUCAUGAUCCUCAAUGAGCUCAGGCCAGGCCUCAAAUAUGACUUUGUCUCAGAGAGUGGUGAGAGUCACGCCAAGAAUUUUGUGAUGUCAGUAACUGUGGACUCAGAGACGUUUGAAGGCUCAGGGCGCAACAAAAAGCUGGCUAAAGCCCGGGCAGCACAGGCCGCCCUCUCUGCUCUCUUCAACAUGCAGCUAGACCAGACACCGUCCAGGCAACCCAUACCAAGAGAGGGGUUGCAACUUCACCUUCCCCAGGUUCUGGCUGACGCCGUCUCUCGCCUGGUGGUGGAUAAGUUCAGUGAGCUGACAGACAACUUCACCUCCCCUCAUGCACGAAGAAAAGUCCUGGCAGGAGUCGUCAUGACAACAGGGACUGAUGUGAAGGAAGCACAGGUCAUCUGUGUCUCCACGGGAACCAAGUGCAUCAACGGUGAGUACAUGAGUGACCGCGGCCUGGCACUAAACGACUGCCAUGCAGAGAUAAUCGCCCGACGCUCGCUCAUCAGGUACCUCUACACCCAGCUGGAGUUCUACCUCAGCAACAUAAAAGAGGACCAUCACAAGUCCAUAUUUGUGCCAUGUGACAAAGGAGGCUACAGGUUACAGGACAACGUUCAGUUUCACCUCUACAUCAGCACCUCGCCCUGCGGAGACGCCAGGAUUUUCUCUCCGCACGAAGCCGGAGUGGAAGAUCAGGGAGACCGGCACCCAAACCGCAAAGCAAGAGGCCAACUCAGGACCAAAAUAGAGUCAGGGGAGGGCACCAUUCCUGUACGGUCCAGUAACACCAUCCAGACCUGGGACGGCGUGCUUCAAGGAGAGAGGUUGCUCACCAUGUCCUGCAGUGACAAGAUCGCAAGGUGGAAUGUGGUGGGCAUCCAGGGCUCUUUAAUGAGCUACUUCACCGAGCCCAUCUACUUCUCCAGCAUCAUCCUCGGCAGCCUUUACCAUGCCGACCACCUCUCCAGGGCCAUGUACCAGCGCAUUGCAGAUAUCGAGGACCUGCCCCAGCAGUUCACCCUCAACAGGCCUCUACUCAGCGGUAUAAGCAACGCUGAAGCCAGACAGCCGGGCAAGGCUCCGAACUUCAGCGUGAAUUGGACUGUCGGCGAUCAGGCACUGGAGGUGAUCAACGCCACCACAGGGAAGGACGAUAUGGGCCGGCCUUCCAGACUCUGCAAACACGCCCUCUACAGCCGCUGGGUGCGCCUGCACUCGAAGCUGUCAUCCAUCCUGCGGAUCAAAGUGCCCAAGCCCAGCUCAUACCAUGAUGCCAAGCAGGCGGCCAUGGAGUACCACUCUGCUAAAAAGGCCCUCAUCAAGGCCUUCCACAAGGCCGGCCUGGGGGCCUGGGUCAAAAAGCCCAUCGAGCAAGACCAGUUCACCCUCAGCUCCUGAUUGAGUCCGGGGACCAAAUGGAGAGGGGGGGUUUCCCAAUGCACCAGCUCCUCCCGCCUUCCCUCCCUGACCCAGGCCGGAAAACUUAUCGUGCCCCUCAGUAACAUUUUAUUUCCGUCCCCAUGUGUGAGCUAUACAUGUGCACUUGUCACCUGCGUGGCUCCACGAACUCUCCAUAGCUCAUCAUUCCUCAGAGGACCUCCGCCUCAUCUUGUUUCUCAUCUUUGAUUUUUAAGCCUAUAAUUUUGGUUUUAAUUGUUUUCUGUUUUUAAACUGGAACCAUUGUUCUUUUUUUUUCAGUCACUUUGUUUUCAGGACAGAAAUGUUCCUCAUGCUGUAGGUGUGGAAAAGUGGCGAAAAUACAAUUUUUGUCUCUUUUCGCAAAAUGAGUGUAGCCUUUUUAGGGGGACAUGUAGCAUAGAAGAAAGAUAUUUUUGUUGUUGUUGUUACUGAAUAAUACCAAUGUGUAUGGACCUAAAGAUAAUUGCUAAAAUUAAAAACAGUGAUCUUUAAUUUAAUGAUUCAUAAAUCCUCAAGAUGUAAAUCUAGUUCAGAAAAGUGAAAAUAUUGUAGGUAUAACAUAUAAUGUGUGUUUCUCUGAUGCGUUCUUAGCCCCUUUUAUUAAAGGUGAAAAUGUUCUAAAACAAUGUCGCCCUGUUUGAUUGAUUCACAAUAAAACAAAUUCAGGACAGGUGUGACUGCAGCUUAGCACUCUCAAGUUCAUGUUUUGUGAUUUUUUUUUUCAUUCAUUUAUUCAUUCAUUUGUCCUCAAAGGUAUUUCCCAUCGCUGUCACUUCAUACUUGAAUAUCCGGGUGGGUCAUGUUGGAGUCCUCCCCCUCACCUGGGUCCCGGGACGAAGCUUUAGGAGGCGCUGCACGUUCUAUUUUUUUUUUCCUUGAUUUAUUUGGUUUCCUUUUUGAAUCCAUGGCUUUGCAUGGAAACUGAACUGAGAGGCUUGCCGAGCAGAAAACAAGCGACGGGGAACUCUAUGCGUCAAUGAUUUUUGAAUGAAUGCCAGCAACUUUCUCCACAGGCAGCUUUGAAUCUUUGUCUCUAUUUUCUAAAUUUCUUGUGAUUAAUUGAAUGAUUUUUGGGGGGCUUCAAGAGAAGAGGGUUUUUUUUCUGUUUGUUUGUUUACUUUCUGUGUUCCCUUAUCAAAAAAGGAUAAAUGGGGAUGAAACUACUGAGAGAACAGUGACAGUACAACAAACUUCUCAGACUUCUUGUAUUUACACCACAGAGACCCCUGACAGCUGUCAGAUCAGAUAAUAGUAGAUGUCCUGUAGCACACAUAUGGUACAGUAUAUGAAGCUAGAUUCAAGAUAUGCCACAUUAAGCCCAUCUGUGGUGGCUGUGAUGCAAACAUGCAAUCUCCACAACGUUGUCCUUGGAAGCACCUUCACAGACCGUGCAUGAACAGACUCAGAAGCUGUAUGCUGAAACCUGAUGCCAGUAGUGUCCAACCAAAUGUACAGUUUUCCAGUUUGAUGUUCAGCCUCCUGUAUUAACGCCUCUCUGUGUAUUAACUCCUGUUCACCGUGAGUCAAUACUCUUCCAUGUUUUAAACUGGUCAAUGAAAAUGCAUUUCUAAGAAACUUCAGUCAAUUCCUGUUUCCAGCUGUAGGAUGAAAAACACAGUUUGAGUGUGAAAUUUGUGUGUGCUCAGGUGUCUUUCAGCAUACUCAGUUAAAUUUUCACCAAAGAUGUAGAUUCUCACGUGUUUUUCCCCCAGUGUUAACACCUGUUUUUUAAUGGCUUGCCAUUAUUCCGCCAUCAUCCCUUUACUGGCAGGUUUUUUUUUUUUGUACUUGUGUUUUCUGCAAAAAAAAAAAAGUAUAUUCCAUAUUGGGCAUAAAAGUCAGGCUUCUUUAGUGCAAAUGUAGCUGUCAGCGCCCACCGUGCAUUUUGUGACCUGCAAUCAUAACUGUUGCAAUAUACUUGUUCUGUGCAACAACAAAUGUGGCAAAUUCUCCCUCUGUGGAAACCUUUUGGAUCUCUCCUUCGUCAGUAGGAAUGUGAAGAUCUUAUUGUUCCUAUAUAUAAGUUUAUGAAUCACUGACUACAGCCAAUGUACAGCAUGGCACCAACACUUCCAGAGUCGACAUGAUUCAUUCCCAUUGUAGCAAGACAGAUACAGCAGGAAGAAAAAAAAGCAGCACUGUUACAUUUCUCCUCCACCAGCUGGCACUCUUGAUGUCAUCGAAGGUUGUCCAAUCCUCCUUGUUUUGAUUUAAUUUUCUAAGCCAUCAUUAGAAAAUCAAAGCUGUGUUCAAAAUGUUCACUCACUCAGACUGUAUGUGUACAAAAAAACUGAAUGGUGCAGGUGGAGCCAUCGUUUUGGUGUUGCAACACUAAAUUCUGCUUUAAUAUGUUUAUUUGCAGGUAUAUUGCAUAAACAAGCACCAGCAGCAUACAUCACAUUAUAAAUAAAUGUUUUUUGUUGUUGUUUUUUUUAAAACCUUAUACUAACAUAAUUCAUCAUCAUAAAAUUUGCACUAAGUCUUAUGUUACCAGUUUUACUUUCCGUGAAGUCAGGAAAGUCACAAAAAUCAACUGCGGACAAUAAGUGUCAGUAUGCAAACAUCAGCAUUAGCGUGUUUACUUUAUUAUCAUUCUUGGUCAGUCAAGGCAUUACAUUUUGUUUCAUGUACACUGUUUCUACUGUUUGGUAACGUUUUAUAUGUUGCUUUAUUUAUAGGAAAAAGGAAAUCACUGGUGGACGUUAGCUGCCCUGCAUGUUAAUGAUAGCAUGCUAACAUUAGCAUUACCAUGCUGAAUUGACUGAAGCUGAAAUACAGUAGAGCUGAUGUAGAUUCUCUACUUACACUGUAUGACAUUGAAUUGAAUUUCUAGUUGACCAUAGUUGAUGCUGUGUUAGCGUGCGUAAAAUAUUAGAAAGUCUUGAAAACUCGAAGAUGCUUUUGUUACUAAACUCUUCAUACUGGCAGUGGUUAAAAACUGGAAACACUGAGCUCAACAUGAACUUUUUAACAAAGCAGAGAAAACCAUUUGCUAAUGCAACUUUUAGCAAUUUUUUAAAAGUUAUUCUUAACUGUGUAUGUUAAGCAUACUAAUAGCAUCUGCACUAUGUUAUUCUACAACAGUGUUUCCUUGGUUGGCUUAGACACAGUAGACGGCCACUAACAUAAUGUACAUCACCGCUAACAAUAACAUGCUAAAGACUGUACAUUGGAGGCAUGUACAAAAUGGUAUUGAUGGCAUUUUGUUCAAAAUGGAUAAGGGAAGAUUAAUUUUUGAGAUUGACAUAUUCUGAGAUAUAUGACCAAUCAUAUUAUUUACAAAGAUAAUUUAAAAUAAAGAUAUACCCUAGCAAUCAAUGUUUCCCUAGAUAGAAUAUUCUGGUAAGAAAUAUAGUUUUAAGUGAAGGCCUAAAGAUUCAUUAAAUUAAUUUUAGUUUAGGAAGCAAUUUAUUUGUUUCUUAUGUUAGGCUAAAUAGAUAACUGCAUUUAGGUAAAAUCCACAGAUUUGAGACUCAGCAUGAUAUGUCCAAUAUUGAAUAUCUGCAAGAAUGGUCUAGAGUCUAGACAGUGGCUGGUGGUUGGGUUUUAGUGUGUUAACAUGUUAAUGUCAGCAUCAGUAUGUUAAUAUUCACAGCUACACAACUGUCAAAUAGGCUACAGUAGUGUAAAGAGUGUACUACAUCUUUACAAUACUUUUGCUAAGCCCUAUGAGAGUUUUCUUGUUCACCGAACAGUGGGUGUUAGCUUGCUAAAUUUAGCAUUACCAUUCUUUGUCCAUUCAGGUUAUUCUGGGUUUUUUUUAAAGUUAGUGUACCACCUCAACACUACUUUUUGUACCAUCUGAGAACUUCUGAGUACACAAUUAAUGGUAGAUUUAGAGUCAUUGUUAUCUGUUUUCAAAGGCACUAGAAUCCUAAUGUUAGCAUUAGCUCGCUCUGCUAGCUCAGGCUUAAUUUAAUCAUGGUCUAAUUUGAUGAUGCCAUGUAGCACCUCUGUAGACUAUCUUUACUGUACCAGGCAGUAGCUUCUUAGUACACUAUCCACAUAGUGGCUAGAAAACUAAUAAUUAGCUGAGGAUGUUAGAAUGCUAAUGUUAGCCUUAAUGGACUUUGUCAGCUCAGGUUGUAGGGCAUAGUGGUCUGUCUUUAACAAUGCAGUGAACUGUACAUUCAAGUAAACAGUAGAAAUUGUGCACAGGAGAUGAAAAUGACUGUAGUGUACUAAUGAAGAAUAAGUGACCAAUUUGAACACAGCUUUGAAGUUAGCUUUAUAGUAAAAAUGAAGAACAGUCUGAUUGAGUGAUCCCCUACAAUUUAACCCUAACUACAAUCCUAGCCAGUAGGCCUACUCCAUAUGCAAGUGUGACAGAUGUUUCUCUUCCUCUCUGUUUCUCCCAGUUCAUUCUGUUAAUGUUUUGAUUUUUACAAAGCUGUCUGGGGGUUUUUCUUUUUCGUAUAUGCCCCGUUAAGAUUGCCUGCUCCUAGAGUUUAGUUUUUUUUUUUUGACUGCACUAAAGAUGUCAACUGAUGAUGUCAUGAUUUAAAAAGAAAAAAAAAAAAGGAAAAAGUCUCCAUUUAUGGUUUGGAUGAAUUCAACUACUGGAGCAAGUACGGAACUGCUUCCGCUUAACCCCCUCGUGAAUCCCUGAAGACGGUCAGUGCAACCCUUCCCCCUUCUUGGUGGGGUUAUGUCAUUUUGGUUCUGUUCAGUGAGCCCACAUUUGGAGGCUUUUGCUCUUUCUGGGUUCAGUUGUCCAAUGUGUGAAAUCCUCCACCAACUCAAACCACGACCUUGCAUGUUCUACCAACACUGAAGCUGCACCUAGCAUGAUGACAAACUUUUAAGGACAAUGUAGAAAAAAACAGAUAUAGAUAGUUAUAUGAAAUCAAGAAAAAAAAAAGAAUAAAGAAGUUCUUAGUUUACUUUUGA